AACAUGAGGAUGUGGAGGAGGAGGAGGUUUGGACUGGGACUUUAAAUGGCUCCAGUGGGAACUAGCUCUUCGAUAGGCGCAACCCCUUCUUCACUAUUAUCUCAAAUGCAUUGAACAGAGUUCCUAUUGACACCUGGGGGAUUAGCAUACAUUAUACCUUUUGCUGGAUAAAGAGGAAUGGAUAUAAGUCUGGCAGGAGGCAGCUGCUGGUGUCAGCUCUUUGGGUCCACAUACAAACACACAGUGAAACGCAGGCGGGAGAAGAGCAGCAGCCCUGAUUCUUCCUGGAGUCAGCCAGGUCUUUGUGACAGCUGUAUAUGGGAGCAGGUCCCCCACCUGCCUGGACCCCCGACUGUUUUUUGAUUUAAUUAAAAGGAAGAGGGAGCAUCAAUUUCAGCUACAUGGCGGGGAGAUGACAGUACACAAAUUGAAAGAAAUACGAAUACCAGGCCGCCAUCUGUCUGUGGCUGUCACACUGUACAUUAUGAAUGGAAAGCUGCCCAUUCUCCGUGUGUGUACCUGUGUUUCCAAGGCUGAUGUCAUGUUCUCCAUGAGGCAAUGACGGGCACUGUAGGUGUCAGUGGAGACCGGGGCCCCUUCUCCAACCAACUAUACAAAUGGGCAUGAGUGUGAAGAGCUGGGGAAAUGGUAUCAAUCACCCUGUGUCCCAGCAGACGAGCUGCUGGUGUUUGUGUAGAGAGUGCUGCUCAUACUGAUCCAUAUAAACAGCUGUGUGAUGUAUUAGAGCAGAUGAGCGGGGCCUGGCUCUGACGCAUGACUGACAGCUCAUUUGACAGCCCCGGGAAAGUGUGCUACGAAGUUUCAAUCUAAUCUGCUGCUGCUGAAGGAAUGAAAUUGUGGUGUGAGAUUAUGUUUUCCUGUUAUAUCCCCUCUAGGACAACACAGGCUGAGUGGGAUGAGCGUGGUGUGGAUGACCCCCCAAGUCUAGAAGGUACAGGUACCUCAGGAGCCAGACGCCGCGGUCGACUCUCAAUGGAGACCUUGUGACCCACAACUCUCCCCGCAAUUCACUUCAGCCCGGUGAAUCGGGUUUCCGAAAGAAAAAACAAGAAACUCAAGCCAUAUCUAACUGUUUGGCUGACAGCAGCGCGGAGGUACGUGAUUGGCUGACGGCAGCACGGAGACACCUGAUUGGCUCACAGCAGGACGGAAGUGAGAACGGUGUCCCAGCUGUGCUGCUGAAAACAAAACAAGACAGGCUUCGACUGCACCAUGAUGGAUGAGCUGGUGCAGGACUUGGUGUCUGCACUGGAGCAGACCUCGGAGCAGACUAAGCUGGGGGAGCUGUGGGAGGAAAUGGUCUUGAGUCCACUGCAGCAGCGCAGGCAGAUCCGCCGCCGCAGAGUCCGCAAGCGCUACCGCGAGUCCUCUCUUUAUCCGACAGAGCACAGACGUUGCUGGAUUGAGGCCUCAGAGUCCAGCUUGGACGAAGCCAAACAGUACAGGCAGGACUCUUCCUCAACCAUCGCUGCCUCUUUGGCCAACUGCAGUGACUCUGAUGACUUGACUUCAAACAACCAUUGGCACUCCAUCAUGAGAGGUCCAGCCAGGAUGAGGCAGCCCUCCUGGCCAGAGUCUGACUCUUUCGCCGAGAAUAAUCCAGGACGGCCCCUCAGGAGGCGAAGGAAGGUCAAACGUAUGACCUCAGGUGUCGCGGUCAGCCUGCAGCAGAAGUUAAGUAUUUCUGGUGUGGAUGGGAAACGGAGGUUCAGGCCAUCUAGGAUGCAGCAAUUGUCAGAAUCGAAGAAGAGGUCUGGUGGUUGGAUGGGAGCAGACAGACAUACUGAAGGAGCCAGACUGAUGGGGAAGAAAUGCUGGAAGAGAAAGAUGACCAACGAGCAUGGAGAUGGUGCAGAUGAAAACAUGUCUGAGGGGGAAACCAGCAGCACAUGCAGCAGUGACCCUGGCCUCUUUACCAAUGAUGAAGGAAGACAAGGUGAUGACGAGCAGAGUGACUGGUUCUUUGAGGGGGAGUGUGGAGCUGGGGCAGGCGUGGCCAGCUUGUUGCCCAACUGGGACUCAGAUAACCAGCUGUCCCUCGACGAUCACCCAUCGCCCACUUUUCUGCAACCUGCACAGCCCUCGAAGAGAGGGUAUCAUUCACGGCUGAAACAGCUGCCGGGCUCUGCUGCCUGCUGCAUCAGGAAGGACAGGAGGAGGAUUUCCAGCAAGGGCAGCAGAAUGCCUGUGUUUGUGGAGAGACUGAGACAUUAUUCUCAAGAUCCUUACCAGAGAGACUUUUGGCGGCCCUCUGUCGGAAAACGAGACCGAAACCAGUUGAAGCCUUUGUGCCCAUUACCCAUGUGUCCUAUUGACAUGAUGUCAGAGAGAUGUUCCUCCUCAAUCUGCAGAAACAGGCAGAUGAACCUCACCCCAGGAUUGUCAUGCACAGGAAACUUCAGGAGGAGUAGAGACACGGACUCUGUAUCUGUCACAUUAUCAGCUUGCAACUCAUUUCAUAAGGACCAGCAGAGAGAAGGGGCUCAGGGAACCAGUAACAUCUUAAAUGUGGAGGCAGCAAGAGCAGCCGCUCUCUCGCAGCUUUCACGGCCUGAGCGAGAAGACACCUGAACACUCCGACUUAGAACGUGACAAAUGGACACUGUUGUGCCUGAGAAUAAAAAAAGACUUCACUUCCUUUCCUUACACAAACUUAAUGACAAAGACAAAAAAAAAAAGAACGCAUGUUAUUAGCCUUCAAAUCAGCAUGUCACUGCUAGAUCCAGACAAAUGUUAAUGCAAUCAAGCCUCCAUCAAGUCCUCCCAUCAUCUGCUCAGAUUUAAGGGGAUCCUCGCUCGACUCGAGCCGCGGCAGCCACUCCCCGUUACCACAUGCAGCCUCCAGGCCACCUGCCACCACACAAUCCAGCAAUUAUGUCCACUCUAGUGGCGCUGCGUCUCACAGUGGGAACACUGGGAGCACGGUCAGGUGAGGCUGAGUGGCUGGGGGCAGGAGUCUGCUCUACUAUGUGGCGGCAGCACGUAGCGACUACCUCUGAGAGAGCGGAGCAUCAGAAUGUUUAGCCGCCUCACGCUGCUACCAGGUUCAGAGCGGCGACCACCAGUCGAGAGCCACACAAAGUACAGACCUCCUAUUAGCAUGGAUUUGAAAAGCUACAGUUUGUACAAAGGUGCUCAUUAGCACAACACAGAGGGAGUGUAGUCGCGGUCCUCGGAGGCCUGCCUCUGUUCUCUGCAGCUCACCUUCCACAUUCAAAUUCCCCCCCACCCACCCCCGAACGUAUUUAAGUUCAAGGCCAGUGGCAAAGUCUGUUUGAACUGCCUGUUUUUCAGCAGCACUGGAUAUUUUUUCCUUUUGGAGCUGUGCAGAGAGUUGGAUGAGAGUCGGAGGAGAGGGGAUGGAGGAGCUCCUGGAGACGGCAGAGGAGAGUUGUACACACUCUUUUCACCUACCCUUGGGGUAUACAUUUCCCUGGCUUCCCUUGGUAUUAGAUGCAUUAAAAGAUCAGUGGCAGCACACAGUGAGUUCAAACACAACAGUUCUGGCCAAGCUGGCAAAAACAAGCAGUAUUUCCAGAAAAAUUUAUUUCUGUGUAGAAGUCAAGUGAUGCACAUUCUGCUUUAACCUCACCUGAUACAAGGAGGGACAUGUGUACACCAUUUAGUCAAAUGAUCUGCAUAAUUAUCAGCCACAUAUCAGGCGUCUUUUCUGACACUUUAAAGCCUUAUUUAAGUGAAGAAUUGCAUUUAGCAGAAUGAGGUUUGCCAAUUAAUGUGAGUUAUAUGUCUGCAAUAAUCUGUCUGAGAAGGCUUUAUGUGAUCAUGCUGGGCCAGGGAUGACAUUUAUAAAUGCUGUGUGUGCACACUCGUCUUAAUGGAUGCCUCACAUAAGACAUCCUGCCACAGGAAUCAGUCAAAGUGUUAAAGCAGUGAGGAGCAGCCUGGCCCCCGGUCCCCGCCCCGCUCUGCAGCUUUCCCGGGGAGUCGAGCCGGUGCCGCGGGCCCAAAACCUGAUAAACAAGAAUAGCACGGACGGAGGGAGGGGGGGGGGUCGAUGUUCCAAAACAAUAAGUGAUCCAUUUAUAUUGAUGGCGUCUUUCACACCAUUUUGACAAGUAUUGACCGUGCAGUGUUUUAAGGAGAGCUUUCUCGUAUCCGGCAGUCUUGUGUGUUUUUAGUGCCGAGGCGCAGACGGGGGAGCGAGGUGCAUCAGUUCAGACACAUUUCAUUUACUUCCCGGAGUGAAACGUGCCUCUCUGGUAAUUAGCAGCCACGGCGAUGACAUCUGAGCCAGACCCCCGUGCCCCAAAAUGAGAUUUCCAGUGGCCAGGAAGUGGUGCGAGCGGCUUCCGUGCAGCCAGUCAAUUGCCCUGUUACAGUUAAGGAAUCCAGCGGGCUGGUACCACUCAUAUUUCAUCCCAGGUAAAGAUUACCUGUCAGGCCCAUGGGAGAUGUAUUGAUCUGUUUUCCUUUUUCCGCCAAGCAAUCACCUGACAAAGGCACCUAGGAGGCGAGUGAAUGAGUGAUGCCUGGCCUGUUUCGCUCCCAACAUGGUGGCUCCGAGUGUCCACUGAUGGGUGGAGAGGUGAUGAGGAGGAGGAGGAGGAGGAGCAGAGAUAAUGCAGUCAUAAACUCUGUUUGAACUUCCUCUGUAUGCACGCGGGGGGUGGCCUCCGUGUGCCCCCGGGGUCACAGGUCAGUGGGGAUUUAGCUUCUUUUUUUCAUUAUUUUUGUGCGUUUUGUUCUUUGCGAUGUUGCGAUGGCAGGAAACACACGCAGGAGAGGCUCUCUGGUUCCUGUGAGUCGCCGUAGUUCUGGGCAACUCUCACACAACGAAACUCAAACCCGCGUGACAGUGAUCCAUGUAUCUGACAUUAUCUCAUGUUUUCAUGGCAGCUAAAAGUAGAAAAAAAAAUAUUUAUAUAUUUGCCUUGUUGGAUGGAAUGUUACAGUUUAUAUGAUCCAUGAAGCCAUGCAUUUAAAGUGAUUGCAGUGUAUAAAAUGUGCAGUAUUUAUGAUGUAUAAUGUAUAAUUAUAGGUCCAUUUAGUUGGAGGAUUUAGAUCUGAAGUCAUUAAAUGCAUAAAUUAAUUUUCACGAUAGAUAGUGCAGUAGAUAUAGCGCCAAUUUUUUUUACUAUCACAUUUUUUUUAAUUUCAUUUACAAGGAUUUAAAUGUAUCGCCCUGAUAUCGGGGGCUCUUAGGCAGCUAUCUACAUUUGAUACGUGGUACAAAUAGCGUCUUAUCUCAUAGGCUGUUAUCUUGAUAUUUAAUAGCAACGGAGGCAUGCCUAAUUGCUUUGCAAAUGAUCUAAAGAGGAUUACUCCUCCCUUAGAAAGCACGGUGUCGCUAGAUGUUAGAGAGACAUUACAUUAUAGUGGAGAAAUUCAGUCAGUGUAGCUCUCCCCGUGAUCACUUGGUGUAAAAGUCCAAACAGUUGUUGUUUUGAAACGGAUUCUCCUGCUUUUGUAUAAACUCUGUAUGAAAUUGCACUUCUGAGUGUAUGUGAUGUCGUGUACGGUGUUAUGCAGUUGCCUUCAUGUCGCAAUAGUACGUCAUGUUAAUCUGUGUUAUUUAAAGAAACAAAGGCCAGUUGGCCCUUGUGUUUUGCAGUUACUGAAUUUCUGUGUAAUAAAUUAACUUUAUUGAUCAUAA